GGGCCUUCCAGGACUGUCACCUAGGUGCCGCGGCUUGGGUGGCAGGAAGAGGCCACCCCAGCUGCGCGUUGUCCUUGCGGCCGGCGGGAAGCGAGGGCGCUCUCGAAAUCCGAGGGCUUCUGCGACCCCUUUUACAGCACCAUGGCAGUCCCAGGUUGCAACAAGGACAGCGUCCGAGCAGGCUGUAAAAAAUGUGGCUACCCUGGUCACCUGACUUUUGAAUGCCGCAAUUUUCUCCGAGUAGACCCAAAAAGGGACAUAGUUUUGGAUGUCAGCAGCACAAGCAGUGAAGAGAGUGAUGAAGAGAAUGAAGAACUGAAUAAAUUGCAGGCAUUACAAGAAAAAAGAAUAAAUGAAGAAGAGGAGAAGAAAAAAGCAAAAAGCAAAGAGAAAAUCAAGUUGAAAAAGAAAAGGAAAAGGUCUUAUUCAUCCAGUUCCACUGAAGAGGACACUUCAAAACAAAAGAAACAAAAAUAUCAGAAGAAAGAGAAGAAAAAAGAAAAAAAGAAUAAAUCAAAAAAGGGGAAACAUCACAAAAAGGAAAAAAAGAGGAGAAAAAAGGAAAAGCAUUCUUCCACCUCUACUAGUUCUGAAGUCUCCAAAAAAUAACCGAGACUUUGGCCUAAGCCAUUAAAAUACAAAUUUUGGUUUUUAAAAUUAUUUGACCUUCCUUGAAAUUUGCUAUAUAAUUAUGCUUUGCAAUAAAUCCCAGCCUUUUCCGUAUAGACAUCUUUUUCAUAUAUGGGACCAUUAUCCUCUGGCAAUAUAUUUUUAGUAUGGUAUGACUGUAAAGUGUUGAAUCAGUCUUAUUAUCCAAGUGUGGAUAUUUGUACAUACAAAACAUCAUUUUUGGUAUUCGUAGCUCUGUGUGUCUGACUAGUGUUAUUGCUUCGUAAGCUGAUUGUAAAUGGCUUUACUGCAGUCAACACGGGUGGUCUGCCCAGCAGUUAAUGCGUAUUGCUGAACCAAGUGUCCACCUUCCAGUGUAAAGUGAGGUAGGGGAUAAUGCUUUGCUCUUAACACUGAAAAACUUAAUAGCUUUAUAUCCUAUGAUCAUGUAUAAAGAUAGUGAAAUUCUUCUCUGUUGUUUUAAAAUCUCUAGCCACUUUUUGGAUGUCUUGGGAGAUGAAACUGCUUUAUUGGUCUUGACUAGGACUUUUUAAAUCAAUAGUAUCGGCAGGAAGAUGAUAAUGAAAAUAUUUACAACAGUUUUACUGUUUUAUGAAAUGCAGUUUCUAGUACCUGCCUCCGUUGUUUUCAUAACGAUUAAAAUAUUUCUUCAUUGUUUAAAAAGACAAGUCUAGUUCAGCCUAUCAGUAAGUCUCAUAAAGAUGAUGCUGUGUCGGGCAGGAUUUUUAGGAUAGACUCCUGGGUGGUUUUACAAAUGUGCCAUAUUGGCAUGUCUUAAAGUGAUACCUCAAACACAACUUUUUAUUUAGGAGGAUAACAGCUAAAUCUUCAUUAGAACUGAUUUUUAUUGUAUGCAGUAUGUAAAUUUUAUGAGACUUGUUUUUAUGAGUAAUGUGGAAAAUUUUUAUAAAUGUGAACAUGUAUAUUUAUUUGUCUGAAAUAAUUUGUAGUUUUGAAGCAGAUUUCACACUGAAUUUAUGGUUUCAUAAAUGACCAGUUUGGGGGGUUUCUCUCUUUUACUUCAGUCAUAAACCUUAGGAACAGUGACAAAAAUUUAGGAUUAAGAAUUUUACUCUGCACUUUUUAAAAUUUAAGAGUUGCAUCAUGAAAGCUUUUAUAUAACAAUGGAAAUUUUAUAAGGGUAAGCAUUUUCAAACAUAUUAAUAGAUAUAAAUGUGUCUUACAUUUUUAAUUUCACAAUGAUCAGUGUUACUUACUUUGGUUAAUACUUGGGUAUCACUUAUGCCCAGUGAAUUAAAUAGUGACUACCAUAGGAGCAUAGAAUGUCGGCCAGUUAUCAUGGCACAGCACCAAGGACUACAAGUACCUCACUGUGGUACAGUUAUAAGCUUUCAAAUUGGGAACCUACAGACAUGGCUGCAGGUGAAUUUAUUAUGGUGGAAUCAGGUAAGUAACCUCACACGUAACCUCACAGGCUGGCAUGGCGUACUGAUUCUUCCUUCACUCAGCUCUGGUGCCUGGCAUGGCCUCAGUGAGACGAGGAGAGCCUCGUAACUCCUCUAACAUGCUUACCAUGCUCAAAGUCUAGGGAAGCCAUACCCGCAUCGCUGUUCAAGCGUUACAGCCAUGGAAGCUCUCACUCACACUGCUAGCUUUUUUAUAACCUAAUUUAAUCAUCCGGCCUCCUCAAAAAGAAAUCUUAUUUGAAUAGUUCAGUCAGUUGUUUGGAGAGAAACACAGAGCUGUUAGGUUUUUAAGGGUUUGUUUUGCCUUUGCUGUAUUUUAUGUAUUUUUGAAAACUGUAUUUUAUGAAAAUACAGUUCUUUGGUUAUCAAGUUGAAAAACUAAGUAAAAAAAAAAAUCCUUUGAAAAAUGCUACAUGCGAAAGAAAGAAUGGCCUCAUCCCACUGAGUGUAUAGCAUGGCUAAAAAUAAUAAUAAUUGUAGUGAAACAGAGUUAUUUGUAAGUCUUCUUUCUGUUAAUUGAAGAGACUAUAAAUUGGCUCAUUAGGUUUC